AGCAAAUGAGCGCGAGCGAGGGCAUGAAAUUUAAAUUCCACUCAGGGGAGAAAGUGCUGUGCUUCGAGCCUGACCCCACCAAGGCGCGAGUGCUGUACGAUGCCAAGAUUGUCGAUGUUAUUGUUGGGAAACACGAAAAAGGCAGAAAGAUCCCAGAAUAUCUGAUCCAUUUUAAUGGUUGGAACAGAAGCUGGGAUAGAUGGGCAGCUGAAGAUCAUGUCCUUCGUGACACCGAUGAAAAUCGGAGAUUACAGCGUAAAUUGGCAAGGAAAGCUGUAGCUCGCCUGAGAAGCACAGGAAGAAAGAGGAAGCGCUGCAGGUUGCCUGGUGUGGACUCUGUCUUAAAAAGCCUCCCUGCUGAAGAAAAAGAUGAAAAUGUUGAAAACUCAAUAAGCAGUUCCUCUGAUGACAGUAGUGAAGAAAAGGAUGAAGAAAUAAGUGAAGAAAGUGAUAUUGAAGAAAAGACUGAAGUGAAGGAAGAACCAGAGCUGCAUGCAAAAAAGGAAAUGGAAGAAAGAACAAUAACUAUAGAAAUCCCUGAAGUUCUGAAGAAGAAGCUUGAGGACGAUUGUUACUAUAUCAACAGGAGGAAACGGUUAGUGAAACUUCCGUGCCAGACCAACAUCAUAACUAUUUUGGAAUCAUACGUGAAGCAUUUUGCUAUCAAUGCAGCCUUUUCUGCCAAUGAGAGGCCUCGUCACCAUCACGCUAUGCCACAUGCCAGCAUGAAUGUGCAUUAUAUCCCAGCAGAAAAGAACGUUGACCUUUGUAAGGAGAUGGUGGAUGGAUUACGAAUAACCUUUGAUUACACUCUCCCAUUGGUUUUGCUCUAUCCGUAUGAACAAGUUCAGUAUAAAAAGGUGACUUCGUCCAAAUUUUUUCUUCCAAUUAAGGAAAGUACCACAAACACUAAUAGGAACCCAGAGGAACUCUCUCCAAGCCCACCUUUGUUGAAUCCAUCCACACCACAGUCCACAGAGAGUCAGCCAACCACAGGCGAGCCAGCCACCCCCAAAAGGCGCAAAGCCGAGCCGGAAGCCUUGCAGUCUCUGAGGCGGUCCACACGCCCCUCCGCCAAUUGCGACUGGCUGUCGGAGAGCAGCGCCUCGCCUCAGCCCAAGCGCCGGCAGCAGGACGCUUCUGCCAGCAUGCCCAAGCUGUUCCUGCACCUGGAAAAGAAGACACCCGUUCAUAGCAGAUCAUCCUCACCCGUUCCUCUGACCCCUAGCAAGGAAGGGAGUGCGGUGUUUGCUGGCUUUGAAGGCAGAAGAACUAAUGAAAUAAAUGAGGUCCUCUCCUGGAAACUUGUACCCGACAGUUACCCCCCAGGUGACCAGCCACCUCCACCCUCUUACAUUUAUGGGGCGCAACACUUGCUGCGAUUGUUCGUGAAACUUCCAGAAAUCCUUGGAAAGAUGUCCUUUUCUGAGAAGAAUCUGAAGGCUUUACUGAAGCACUUUGAUCUCUUUCUGAGGUUUUUAGCAGAAUACCAUGAUGACUUUUUCCCAGAGUCUGCCUAUGUUGCUGCCUGUGAGGCGCACUACAGCACGAAGAACCCCAGGGCGAUUUAUUAA